AUGAACAUUUUCUUUCUUUGUUUGACUUUAUCUAUUGCUAUUGCAGAAACCUGUACUCGUCAUCCAGUUAUUAUUAUUCCUGGAAUUAUGGCUUCAAUGCUUAAUGCCAAAAUAAAUAUCCCUAAGAAUGUUGACUUCUGUGAUAGAAAACUUGAUUGUGAUAGAUCUAAAGAUUGGUUCACAUUAUGGCUAAAUCUGUUAGAUGGAAUUCCAUAUGUCAAUGAUUGUUAUAUUGCUUAUUUAACAUGUCAUUAUAAUUCAACUUCAGGUAGAAUGGAAAAUGUUGAAGGAGUACAAAUAGAGCCUCCAAGGUUUGGAUCUACUUAUGCUGUAGACACUAUCUCUCCAUCAUUCCCAUUAAAGACAUUUUCUCGUGCAUUCCAUGAAGUUAUAAAAGGAUUACAAAAAAUUGGAUAUAAAGAUGAAUUUGAUUUGUUCUCUGCACCUUAUGAUUGGAGGUAUUAUCAUCAUGAUGAAUAUUAUGAAAAAGUUAAAGAGUUAAUAAUUAAAGCUUAUGAAAAUACUGGUAAUAAAGUAGUUUUAGUUUCACAUUCUAUGGGAGGAUUAACUACUUAUAUUUUAUUAGAUAAACUUGGCAAAGAAUUUUGUGAUAAGUAUAUUUAUAGAUGGGUUGCUAUGUCUACUCCUUUCAUUGGGACAACUAUCGCUAAUGAUGUUGUUCUUGCUGGAUAUAAUAUGGGAUAUCCUGUUUCUAAAGAAUUAAUUAAAAAGGCAGCAAGAACAUUUGAGACAGUAGCUAUGAUGGGGCCUAUAGGAGAGUAUUGGGACCAAAAUGAAGUUUUAGUAGAAUUAGCUAAUGGCAAGAAAUAUUAUCCAAAAGACCAGAUUGAGUUAUUUAGUCAAUUAGAAGAAAUGAAACCAUUUGCUAAAGAAGCAGUAGAAAAUUCAUUUGCUCCAUAUCUUAAGAAAUAUAAUUCACAAGUACCACAUGGAGUAGAAAUGCAUUGUGGUAUUACAAGUGGAAUAGAAACUGCACAUAAAAUAACAUUUAAAGGAGAUACUUUUGAUUCUAAAUCAACUAUAGAAUUUGUAGAUGGUGAUCAAGAAGUUACUUUGAACAGUUUAGAAUAUUGUAAAAAGAUGACAGAAAACUUUACUAAUUUAGGUAAAUAUACUCAUCAAGGAAUGUUGUUAAAGAAAGAAGUGAUUGAAUAUGUUAAAAAUCUUGCUUGUGACUAA